AUGUCCGAUCAGAUACCUGCUGCAGAGGCAGGCGUUGAGCAGAGUAUGCGUCGAGUGGCCCUGACUGCGCUGGCUGGUACAAGUAUCGAGUGGUAUGACUUUUUCAUUUACGGUACCGCUGCCGCUUUAGUUUUCCCUACGGCUUUUUUCUCCUCUGGCAUGUCAGAAACUGUGGCCCUGAUUGCGGCCUUCGGCACCUUUGCCGUAGGCUUUCUGGCUCGGCCGAUCGGCGGCAUUAUCUUUGGUCAUUAUGGUGACAGGGUAGGGCGCAAAGCGGCGCUGGUGACAGCUCUGAUGAUGAUGGGGGUAGCCACAACCCUCAUUGGUUUAUUGCCUACCUAUGCAACCAUCGGUGCCCUUGCUCCAGUCCUGCUGGUGAUCCUGCGCUUUAUCCAGGGGCUCGCUGUGGGCGGUCAGUGGGGUGGUGCCAUGUUACUGGUGACCGAGAAUGCUCCGCAGGAAAAACGCGGAUACUACGGUGCCUAUGCGCAAGCAGGCGCCGCGGUAGGCCUGAUCCUGGCCAACCUGGCCUUUCUUGGUGUCAGUGCGAUGCUCACUGACGAUGAGUUCAUGGCGUGGGGUUGGCGGUUGCCUUUUCUUGCCAGCGUUGUGCUGAUUGGUGUCAGCAUUUACGUGCAGAUUACCCUUGAAGACACGCCGGCGUUUAAACGACUUAAAGAAGCUAAAGCGGCAAAGGACCUUGCAGAGCCAACAGAUCCGGAGUUGGUCGAAAAAGCGUUGACUGCCAGUCGCUCGCCUAUUAUUGAAGCGUUGGUACUCUACCCGAAGCAAAUUGUUCUUGCGGCCGGAGCUUUUCUUUCUGUGCAGGUUAGCUUUUAUAUUCUGGUGGCCUGGGUUGUGGCCUACGGCAGCAGUUCGUCGGGACUUGGCCUGUCCAGGGAUGUCAUGUUGGCUGCCGUGUUGAUUUCGACAGCCGCCCAGUUGCCCGCAUUGUUUCUGGCCGCGGCCUGGUCGGAUCGUCAUGGGCGUAGAGGGGUCUAUAUGGCGGGUGCCGUGCUGCUUGGACUCUGGGGUUUUGCCUUGUUCCCGUUGAUGGAAACCGGUGAGUUUCUGUGGAUUACCGUGGGCCUGGCUGGCGGACAGAUCUUCCUGGCCAUGAUGUAUGGACCCCAGGCGGCUUUUCUAGCGGAACUGUUCAGUGUUGAGGUGCGUUACUCGGGUGCCUCACUGGGCUACCAGCUUGGUGCCAUUCUGGGUGGCGCUCUGGCGCCAACCAUUGCCACUAUCCUGUGGGGCGAGUUUGGAGUGAUCUAUAUCUCGGUCUAUAUCGCGCUGGCCUCGGUGUUGACCUUGAUCUCAGUGUGGAUGUUGACAGAAACCCGUGGCACUGACCUUGCCGACGUGAAAAGUUAA